UGGAUUUAAAAGAUGGUCUUAAGCUUGCCUAAAAUAUUGGGGAGUUGGAUGCUCAUUGCCGCAAUGUUGUCAUGUGCAAGUGGUAAUGCCAAAUGUUUCCAAUGCUCUUCUGCGGAUAAUAGCAACUGUCUGGAUUACAGCAAUCUUCAUUCAAAGGAUUGUGCCAAUGACUCGGGGAUUGACAAAUGUUUUACUCGAAAUGACGAUGGCAUCAUAAGUCGGGGAUGUCUUAUGAAAUCAGAAGAAUGUCCUGUUGAUAUAUGUAAGUCAUGCUCAGCUAAUGCAGAGCAUGCAUGCAACAGCCACAAUAUUUGUCAAAAAUGUUCCACGAACGAUCCUAACUGCUCGCAACAGAAAUUGUUCAAUGCUAAGUACAAUGAAAUCUGUGAAUCUUCCGCAACCGAAUGUUUUGUUAAUGUCAAAGACAAAAGGGUUGAAAGGCGUUGCGCUACAACGGAAGAUAAAUGUGAUGCAACUUCGAAAACCUGUCGGAAAACACCUUUGGGUAAUUCAAAUUUUGGAAUUUUUCCCACCAGACGCCUUCUAUGCCACCAAUGUGCUGGUGCUGAAUGUGUAGAUGUUGCAACAAUAAAUUCCGAGAUAAAACCAUGCGGCAACUAUGUGGAUGAUGACAAAUGCUACAUCUUUGCCGAAAGUUCCACACUUAUGGUACGUGGCUGCAAAUCCGAUGACAAUUCGAAAUGUGCCUCUGGUCAUGAGGAAGGUUGUUUUGUGUGUAACACGGAUUACUGCAACAAUUCAGGCUACGAAAAGAUGCAAAAAUUAAAAUGCAUUCAAUGUGAAGGACCCACAUGCCUAAGGCAUUACCAACCUGAGGAAGCUAAAGAGUGUAAGGAGAAGAUCCUUUACAAUGGUGAGGAACAAUGCUUCACUAUGACCACCACAAAGUCAGGGGCCAUUCGCAGAGGUUGUUGGUAUAACAUUGCCGAUGCCUUAAAGGCUGAAUGUACUAAAACUGGAACUUUGUGUAAAAAAUGCAAUUCAGGUGAUGGCUGUAAUGGGGCAGCUAUAGAAAAUCCUUUCACGUGUCUAGUUUGCCGCAGUGACAUUGACAAGAGUUGUUGGAAUAGGUCAGCUCAAUUGAAGGGGAAAAAGUGCAGAACUGGUGAGGGAACGAAAGAGCAAGGAUGUUUUCAUGGAAUAUGGAACGGCGUUGCUAUUCGAGGCUGCAUGAUGGAUGCCGAUGAAAAAACUAAAGCAACCUGUUUGGAUGCUACUAACCAACAGUGUCGCACAUGUUACCAAAUAUUAUUAAUUAAACAAAGCUCGCCCAGAUAA